AUGUUCAGGCAACCUUUUGUGUCAAUCCCAGGGAGCUUCGACGGCUCCAGUGGAAUCUUGAAAAGGAAGCUCGUUGGGGAGGACUUCGGAUCAGCGACCACUUUCAAUUCGACUAUCGGAAAACGAAAGCGCUCAAAAUACAAUGAAGUUCCUCACCUUCCAUCCACGCAGUACAGUAAAUCGGAAAACUUACUUGAAGUCCGAGUGCUAGAGGAUCCAGUAUGGCCAGCUACUACGGCAGUCUACGUUUCAGGUCAUGAGACACAGGCACUGAGCGAUAGCGGGAAAUUCGGUGUCUUGCCGUCCGAUCAAGAAGCCAAUGGCUGCUACAAGAAAUCCCAACUCGACCUACGGCGCAUGUGGCAUGAUCCUCCUGCACAUCACACCGCCGAUGAAGAUUCGGACAGCGCUACGCGAAAGACUACACGAAACCUCAAAACAGACUCUAUGACCGUCGUGGAGCGGAAGCAUUUCUUCAUCCAUACUCCAACUGAAGGCAUGAAAGCAGCGACGAAGAAGUAUCUCUCUGAUAUCUACCAGCUCCUGGACAUGUCUGGAUCGAAUGACGACUGUCGACUGCAUCCUACGCCACCACAGUGCAAUGGGAAGCCUGUAAGGGCGAUCCCCUUCGGUUUCAAUUGGAGUGACGAUCAUGGGUUCCACAGGCUAACCGUCGAUUGGGGGAUUGUAGCUCUGGUCGUUCGCCAACAGCUGACAGAUGACCAGAUGGACGGGUUUAUCAACAAAUCCUGGCACCUAAGCCACCUCUGCGGCAAUUGGACUUGCUGCAACUGGAGGCAUUUUACGGUGGAGAGCGGGCCUAUUAACUGCGGCCGCAAUGGAUGCUUCAACUUUCCUGUGAAGUGUACGCACAAUCCUCCAUGCAUGAAAGAAAAGAAGCGGCAACUGCUGGUUACAAACAAUAUACGCAGCGAAAUCAGCAAGGCUAUCACUUCGCUCGGUGGUAUCCUCUCAUACGAAGCUUUCCACGCACUUGCGGAGUACGAUAUCCGGUUGGUGGAAUGCUUCUGGGAGAACAGCAAACGAGGGUUUUGCGCAUUCUGUGGACGCUCUGAUGACAAAGCCCACAUCUGCUCGAGUCUGAGCUCUCUCGUUGACUGCAAAGUCAUGCUAAGAGCUUUCAAGCAAUGCGUUAAGCCCACAUCGGAGGUGAGAGAAGCUAUCGGAUACCUGGUCAAGAUCAGGGAAGACUUGGAGAGAGGCAGUACAGUCAAGGACAAAACAUUGACGGAAUGGCUAUUUAGUCCGGGAAGAUGCACAGAGCUAGAGCAGACGUCUCCGCCGCUAAAAAAGACGAGGGGAGAGCUGAGGAAGAAGCGCCCUGAGUUGCCUUCUUAG